AUGGCAAGAACAGCAAAUGCUGCAAGAAAACAAGUCAACAAAGCCCCGACUCCAGAAGACACAGCGAAAGAGCCAGCAAAUAAAGUUCAAGAAUCUCAAAAGAAAUUUCCUGUACCGGAGAAAAAACCUGCCAAAUCACUCUCAGUAAGCGUCCCAACGAUUGGCCAGAAGCCCAAGCCCACACCAAAGAAGGUAUCAAGCAAUAUUUUGAAAGAGAUCAAAUAUUACCAAAGCAACAUUGGAUUUCUCAUUCCACGAGCUCUUAUUGUCAGAAUUGUUCGUCAGGUCCUGCUUUCCACUCUCAAGAUUAGAUCCGGCGAUAAUUUCAAAUUUACUGCUGUUUCUCUUAAUGUCAUCCAUGAAGCAAUUGAAAAUCACAUUGUUUGUUUAUUGGAGCUUUCAUAUAUGGCAGCCAGACAUGCAAAGAGGGUCACACUCUUUCCAACUGAUAUAAGGUUGAUUAACAGAAUACGUGGUGCCAGUGCACAGUAA